CUCACCCUCUCGCUAAAAAGCCUCCCCUUUCCCUUCAAUCUCCCACCCUCCUCGGUCCCAAGUCUCGAUUUCCGAUGGCGAAGACCACGAAAUCAAAGAAGCCCAGCGCCACGGGGAAGGGCAAAGUGACCCCAAUCCAGGUCGCCUUCAUCGUCGACCGCUUCCUCGCCGACAACAGCUACGAGAACACCCUCGCCGCUUUCCGAUCCGAGGCCUCCGACCUCUUCUCGAAGACCAAGGGCAAAGAGGUGCCGAAAGGGCUGUUAGGGUUGGGGGAUAUACUGGACGAGUAUAUAACGUUGAAGGAGCAGAGGGUGAUGGUGGAUCAGGAGAAGAGGAGGCUCGAGACCGCGUUCCAAGGGUUUCAGGACGUGAUGGGGGCUUACAACUCGCCGCAGUCGCCGAUGAGUUUGCCGCCGCAGGUGUCGAUGGCGCCAAGCUGGGAUUUCCAUCAGGGAGCUGAUCCUAAUAAUGGGUCUCCUCCUCAAGGUCAUACCAUACAUAGAUCUUUUGUCAAUCAUGCACAACCAACCAUUAUGCCGCCUAGAGUUGACGAAAUUAACAAGUAUUCAACUCCAGUGCCUAGCAAAUCAUCAAGUGAAAAGAGAAAGGCUUCAAGGUCUGCUCCCAAAGCUCCUCCCCCUCCAAAGAAGUAUCGUAUUGGAUCAGCUAAAGACCCACACAUGAUAGAAGAUAUUGUGUCAACUGGAGAAGCACCAUCUACAAACAAUACUCAAGUUAAAAUGGGGAACGAUUCAGUUAUUAAUUCAAUAUCCAGGUCAAUAUCUCGCCCUCCAGUUCAAGGCUCUUCAGUUGCAAAAAACUUAUUUAAAAAUCAACACGAAGCUCGAGCCAAUUCUUCUUCUCCGAAGACUCCUCCACGAGCAUUACUGUCUCAAAAUGGCAAAUCUCUGUCUCCUGUGGAAAAUUCAUCUUUUAAUCCCAAUGGUGCUAGUAGCUCUCAUAAAAAUGUUCCUUCUAGCUGUGCAAUAAUCUCUUCUGAAACAAUUGUAAUAAGCCCCCUCAAACAAAAGGGUUAUUUUUCUGUUGAGAGGAGCUACCAAGUUUCAGCUUCACCUUUGAAACCAAGUCCAGAGAAGGUGAAUAAAAGAGAUCAUGUAAAAGGGAGGUUAGAUUUUGAUGAGGCUUCUGCUCCCCAGAGUUCAGAGGAGCAAGCUGCUACUGAGAGUUCUCCUUCAACUGAUGGAGAAGCUGCAGGAAGCUUUGAUUUUGAUCUUCCUGAUUUUGAUUUUUUCGAUGGCGAUUUCACCAAGCUCCUUUGCGAUAUUGAUCUUGAUUGUGAACAAGUACACACUUCUCAGCAAUCUUCUGCUCCUGUUGAUUUCCUUCCUGGUGAGUGCAAUCAGGAGGAAAAUGUAGGCAAUGGAGGCUUAGCAACAAAUACAGUUACGGAAAUUUUCUCUCAAAAGGACAUGAACAUUCAAGGUCUUGAUACAAUGACUACUAUGAGAAGUAUAACAAAGCGCAUUAUGAUUUCAAGUCCUUCUAAAGGCAGCAAUAGCAGUGCAUAGAUAUUCUUCCACUGAUGACAGUAACUGAUUGAUAUUGGAAUCUAACCAUGGCAGCGGAGCAUCAAUAGAAAAAUUCUGACACAUUUAGGCACUGAGUUAGAUCUUGUUACUUCUCCAGAUCUCUUUUGUUAAUAUCUAAUGUGUUCAUUUCAUUACUUUUUUCUUUUGCCUUAACAUAACUAUCCAUCUUUUUUUCCCCCUUA